AUGGAAGAUAACAUUAAACUAAUAGCAGAUACAAAAGAUUGUUUACAAACUUCAUUUGCAUAUUCUAUAAUUACUUCUAAUGGUAGUAGAAAAUAUAACUCUGUUGAACAAUAUACAAAUGUUCAAAAUGAACAAGAACAAUAUAGUAUUUCAGAAAAAGAAUAUGAAAUUUUUUGUAGAAGGAAAUUCAAUGCUAAAAAGAAUCGUCCAAUUAAAUUAUCAGGAGCAACUUAUGAUAGUGAUGAUAAACCAAUACCUAUAACAGGAUCUUAUGCUGUUUUAAGUAUGAUAGGAGUUUUUAAACCAUUGUCAAUGUAUUAUCCAAUUACUUUUGACAUAAAGAAAGUAGAAUAUCGUUCUGUAGAGCAUUACGCAUAUCAAAGAUUAUUUGAAGCUAUAAAAGUUCCUGAUGAAGCUAUAGAAAAAUUAAGAAAUGUGGAGGAUCCUUUAGAAUUAUCAGCUUUGGCUGAUAUUAUUUAUAAAGAACAUAAGAUACCACAAGAGGUAGUGGAUGCAAAAAUUUAUAAGAUGGAUAAAUGGCGACAAACAGCUAUGAAGUAUAAGAUAUCACGUCAUGAAUAUUUAGAACAAUUACUACUAGCCACAGGUGAUGCUAUUUUAUUGGAACAACAAGGAAAUGAUAAAAAGUGGUGUUGUUUAAUAUCAGAGACGAUUAUUCAAACUGAAUUAACUAAGGAAGAAACUACUCCUGCAAAACUUAUUGAUUGGAUGACACAGAGAAAACCUGUGAAACCAGCCCAUCUUAAUGAAAUGGGUGGUAAUAGAUCAGGAUUAGUAAUGAUGGAAUUAAGAGAGAAAUUUAAAAAUGAUAAUAACGAUAAUAGGAAAAUACCAAUAAUAGUAGAUUUUGACAAAGAAAAAAUGAAAUAUUAUACAUCCAAUCAUUUAGUAUGUUUUACAGCCGAAUCUGUUCUCCAUCCAUUUUACCCAGCACCAGUAUCAUUAAAAGUUAAUGGUAUAAUUGAAGAGUACGCUUCAGCUGUUCAUGUAUAUGCUAAACGUGCCAUUAAUCAACUUGGAAUCUCAUUAACAACUGGUGAUCAGAUAAUGUCAACAGAAAGUUCUAUAGAUUGUUGGAUAAAAUUACAUCAAGCUAUUGAUAAACUUGAAUUAUCUUUAGAAAAAUCAAUGGAAUGGUACAUGAAAGAAAGAUAUACAUUUUUAGCUGAAGCAAUGACUGAAUCAUUUAAACAAAAUCCACAUUUACAACGAUUUUUACUUGAAACAAAUGAAGCUUUACUUGUUUUUUGUUCUAGAUUUAGUACAGUAGAUUGUGAAUAUUCAAUAGGAAUGAGAGAACGUGACUUAAGGCCUUGGUUGGCAAUGCAACAAUUAAGCACUAAUGAUUUAAUAGAUAUUUGUUGGAACCCCUUAUCUUUUAGACCACCAUAUGUUGGAGGAAAUAGGAUAGGUUUUAUUUUAAUGGAAAUAAGACAUUCGCUGUUAUUGAAAGGUUCAGAUAGCCCUACUGAAAAUUUCAUAUCAAAUGCUUCGUUUAAUAUAAUUAGUGAGGAAAAUUUUAGUGCCAUUUGGCCUAAUCCUUAUCUUAUUGAGGCAAAAGAAACUAAAAAUUAUCAAAUGUGGAAACAAGGAACAAUGGUAAAACCAAUGCCAAUUAUUAUUUCUGUAGAUGAAUUAUUAUUAACAGAUGUUAUGAAUAAAUUACAAGCAGCUCAAUUUGAUCUUUAUUUUUCCAGGGAAAUUUUAUCUAAACUCACAAUUGAACAAAUGCGUAGUGCUGCUAAAAAAGUAACACAAUAUUUCUUAGCAUCUCCAGGAACAAAUAAAAAAGCGGAAGCAGAUAUGUUAAGGUUGUUAAAAGAAGUAGGAGAACGUGAUAAAUAUAUUAGGAAUGUUAUAAAUCAAUGGACUGAACAAAUGAGUAUUGACAUAUAUGCAGGAACAUUUGAUGAUAAUAAUUUUAAUAAUACAAAUCGUGGAGUAAAUAACGGCCGUAGAAUACCAAUGGGUAAUGUUAAUGGCCCAGGAGUGUCUAUGUCAAUGAUGAACCCGAAUUCAGGUGUUGUUGGUGGAAAUUAUAUGAACAAUUCACGUAUGAAUUCUUCUCAAAAUAUGAUGAAUAUGAAUCCAUUAUCUAAUUCAGGAAACUUUCCAACUAAUAAUCAUUUUAAUUCAAAUUCUAUGCAUGGUAAUCGUAGCGGUAAUCGAAGGAACAAUCAGGGAUCACGUAAUAAUAUGGUGAAUAAUUUCCAACAAGGUCCAAAUAACACCAAUCGCAAUAGAAAUAACCGUAGUCAAAUGAGAAAUAAUCAAUUUCCAGGAAAUUUUAAUCGAACUAAUAGUCAAAAUAUGCGAGGACCUCAACAAAAUAGUUCACCAAAAUCAGCGACAACAACAACAACCACGCCUAUUCAAAAUAAAAAACCUAAAAGAGUUGUCAAUGAGGAUGAAUUGAGUGAUGGUGAAAUAGUGUCAGAUGAAGAUUAA